AUGGCUAAGAAAGAUAAAAAGUCUAAAGAAGCCAAGAAGGCAAGAGCUGCUGAAAAGCAAAAGAAGAAUGCUGCUAAAGCAGAACAAAAAGAUAAAAAACUUGCAAAAAAAUUAGGAGAAGAUGAAGAAGAUGAUGAUAUUGAUGCAAUUUUAGAAAAAUAUGCUCAAGAACAAUUAGAAUUUACUGAAGUUAAAAUCGAAGUUUGUGAUCGUCCAUCUAAAAGAUUAAAUCCUACUUUAGUAGCUAAUCCAUCACAUACUAAACGAGAAUUAAUUUUAUUUGGUGGUGAAGUAAAUGAAGGUCAUGUUAGUAGAUUCUAUAAUGAUUUGUUCACUUAUUCUAUUGAUAAUGAUACCUGGAGAAAAAUAUCCAGUAAGAAUGCUCCACUUCCUAGAUCAUCUCAUGCCAUGUGUUCUCAUCCAUCUGGUGUAGUGUUAAUGUUUGGUGGGGAAUUCUCAUCUCCUAAACAAUCUACUUUCUACCAUUAUGGGGACACUUGGAUAUUAGAUGCUGAUACUAAAGAAUGGCAAAAAUUAGAUUUGAAAAAAGGUCCAAGUGCCAGAUCAGGUCAUAGAAUGGCAGUUUGGAAGAAUUAUAUUAUCUUACAUGGUGGUUUCAGAGAUUUGGGUACCAUGACAACUUAUCUUAGUGAUGUUUGGUUAUUUGAUAUCAGUGAAUUUAAAUGGACUCAAGUAGAAUUCCCUCCAACACAUCCUAUUCCAGAUGCUAGAUCUGGUCACUCCUUAUUGCCUUGUGCUGAUGGUGCGGUCAUAUAUGGGGGUUAUACUAAAGUUAAAGCCAAGAAAGGUUUGCAAAAGGGUAAAGUUUUAUCUGAUUGUUGGGUUUUGAAAAUGAAAUCUGAUCCUAAAGCAGUUAGAUUUGAAAGAAGAAAGAAACAAGGUGCUUUGCCAUCUCCAAGAGUUGGAUGCUCUUUGGUGUACCAUAAGAACAGAGGUAUGUUGUUUGGUGGGGUUUAUGAUUUCGAAGAAAGUGAAGAAAACUUGGAUUCUGAAUUCUACAACCAGUUAUACACUUACCACAUUGAAAGUAAUCGUUGGUAUAAUUUACACUUGAAACCACAAAAGAGAAAGAAGAAAGAAGCUAUCAAAGAAAAAACCAGAGAUGAAGACUUGGAAGAACUUUUGAAUUCCAUUUUAGCUAAAGCUAAUUUGAAUGAUGACGAUAACGAUGAUGAUGAUGCGUCAGAAAUUGAGAAACUCAAACAACUUGAACAAGACGAUAAAGAAGAUGAAAAAGAUGUUGUUGAAUAUCCGGUAAUGAACCAAUUCCCACACCCAAGAUUCAAUGCAAUCACCUGUGUUGUUGAUGAUGUUUUGUAUAUCUAUGGUGGUAUAUUUGAAAGAGGAGAGCAAGAAUUUAACUUGGAUUCGUUCUAUGCUAUUGAUUUGGGUAGAAUUGAUGGAGUUAAGGUCUUCUGGGAAGAUUUGUCUGAAUUAGACAGAAGUGAAGUCAAUUCUGAUGAAGAAGAAGAGGAUGAUGACGAUGACGAAGAAGAUGAUGAUGGUGAAGAAGUUAAUGGAGAUGAGAAAUUAGAAGCCGAAGAUGAUGAUGAUGAAGAGGAGGAAGAAGAAGAGGACGAAAUUGAAGAAGAAUUCCCAGAUGCUAGAUUCUGGUUACCACAUCCUAAACCAUUCGAAUCAUUACGUGCAUUUUACCUUCGUACAGGACCACAGUUUUUGGAAUGGGCCAUUUCAAGUAAUAAAGAUGCUCGUGGUAAGUAUUUGAAGAAAGCUGCCUUUGAUUUAUGUGAGGAUAGAUUCUGGGAAAGAAGAGAAGCAGUUGCUGUUGCUGAAGAUAACUUAGAAGAAAUGGGUGGUGUUGGCGAAGUUGUUGAAAAAGACACUUCUAAAGGAACCUCUAAAAGAAGAUAG